AGCUCCCGCCAGGAUGCCCAGCAUGGUACCCUGAAGGUGCCACUGCCACCGCGAGCUCAGCCUCCAGGAGAAGGUUUGGAUUCAGUGUACAGGUAAAAACGGCCAUGGGAGGGAAAGCCCUCUGGGGCUGUCUGUUCCAUGCUGGGAUCUGCUAUCCAGGGUCACCUGGGACAAAUCCUGCAUCCCUGCAGUGUUCCUUGCAGUGGCCUGUGGGAAAGGGCUGUGUUUCAGGGGUGGAGGGGUCUUGGUGCCGGCCUUGGGGUGGACACCACAGCAUCUCCCCUCUCUGCCAUGUCCAGCACCCCUGUGCAAAUCCCAAAGCCGCUGCUCCCCUCACCCCCACGCACAGAGGCCGCCUCACAGCUGGAUGAGCUCCUGGCUGACCUGGGCCACACACAGAGCAAGCAGCUGGCAGCUGCAGGGCAGGGAGCCGGGUUGCCCACGGAAUCCGUGCUGGACAACAUGCUGGACAGCCUCACCCGGGACCUGCAGGAGCUGGGCAUCACGGCCGCACCCGCUGGCGUCUGCGCCGCCUGCCACAAGCCCAUCGCUGGCCAGGUGCUCACAGCCCUGGGCAAAACCUGGCACCCCGAGCACUUCACAUGUGCCCACUGCGGGCAGGAGCUGGACAAGGGGCCCUUCUUCGAGCAGGGCGGGCGGGCGUUCUGUGAGGAGGAUUAUCACCAGGCCUUCUCCCCACGCUGUGCCUACUGCGCCGGCCCCAUCCGCGAGAAAGUCCUCACGGCCCUGGAGCAGACCUGGCACCCUGAGCACUUCUUCUGUGCCCACUGCGGGAAGGUGUUUGGAGAUGAGGGGUUCCUGGAGCGUAAUGGGAAGCCGUACUGCCACCAGGACUUCCUGGCCAUGUUUGCCCCCAAAUGCCAGGGUUGUGAACGCCCUGUCAUGGACAGCUACCUGUCAGCCCUGCAGGGUGUCUGGCACACCGAGUGCUUCGUGUGCACGGUGAGUGGGACAGUGACCGGGAUGGUGGACAUUCACAUAACGGGGGUGUUCCCAGGGCCAUGCCAGCCUUCCCCUCUCGUUCCCCAGGAGUGCCUGACUGGCUUCAGCAGCGGGUCCUUCUUUGAGCUGGAGGGGCGGCCCUACUGCGAGCUGCACUUCCACCAGCGGCAGGGCACCCUGUGCCACAGCUGUGGCCGCCCCAUCACCGGGCGCUGCAUCACGGUCGUGGGGCGCAGGUACCACCCCGAGCACUUCGUCUGCAGCUACUGCAUGCGCCGCCUGCACAAGGGCACCUUCAGCGAGUGUGGCGACAAGAUGUACUGCCAGCCCUGCCAUGACAAGCUCUUUCUCUAAGCCCUUCCCUGCCUGGAUGGCCCCAGCAUCAGCAUGCCUGGCCUUGUCCCUGCUGGCCCAAACACACCUCAUAUCCCACCCAUCAACAGCCCCAGCGCUGGUCUCCCUAAGCCAACUGUCCCCAGCCUUGUUGCUGCCCAGCCAAGCAUCAUUCCUUGUCCCCCUCCCUGCAAGACA